AUGUCAUAUUUACAUAGAAAACUACGGCCUCCUGCUCAAAAUCCACAUAGAAGAUUUGAGGAGGACGCAAAGAGCAGGAGAAAUGGCUUUUUUGCGAAUUUGUUUAAGAAAGUAGAUGGUUCAAAACCCAAAGCCAAUUUGUUUGUUUUGAGCUACGAAGCAAUUAGUCUUGAAUCAUAUGACAAUGCCGAUCUGUAUGAGAAGAUUCUCAUUUCUGUUUUUGGUUUAGAGAAUUUGCUAAACAGUCAACCAGGUGGCUUCAACGCGAAGUGUCUACCGGAUAGAGAACAAUUUGAUUUGUUUUGUGCCACCACCAAGACAAAUUUUUUUUCCAAAUUCAAUGACUCUUUCAACAUAAGUAACUCUUCUGUCAAGUUACUUCGAAGAAGAUCGUUUGAAUUAGUUAAUUAUCAAUAUAACAGAAGCCAUGAAGUCACUCCUGCUUAUCUGGCCACUAUAGCACGAAUGGCGACACCGACAGGAUCUGUCUUUGGAUUCAAUCUUUUAUGUAUGAUUGGUCAUGAUAUUACAGUCGCAAACUUCCAUGACGCACUUCCGAUUCUAGAUCCCGAGUCCGGAAGAGCUGGCUAUAUCCUAUGCGAUAUGAUAUCACGACUGUGUUCUUGGGAAAAUGGAAUUUACGAUAGUUACAGUGUAAAUGCUGCAAAACAGUACCUUGGAAAGUUUCUAUUCAUUGAUCUGAUCCCAUGGUUGGAGAGCAGAAAGGAAACCAUCAACAAUGGAAUUAGCCAAGCAUCAUUGUACUUGCACUUAACCAGUCCUAUAGUUGCAGUAACAUUCUCACGCCAAGUCACAUCAGUUGCAUUGUCAAACUUUGUUCAUCAGUAUGGGUUAGAUUCAAAAGAUAAUUUGGUGGAUAUCGUUGGGAUACCUCAAUUAUGCUCAUACGCAAGUACAGAGUACAUAUAUGACGGCACCGAUGUUGAUGGCCCCCCUCCUGGUUUUGAGAUUAUUGUAAUUCCUCAUUUUCAUCCAGGUGUUGACAAACAUACCACAAGGUCAGCAAACGGAGCAAGGCGUAUUAUUGAUAUUGUCUGGAGAAUUACGUUGGCUAUUCUCGAGAUAGCACACGAUCUGAUAGUUGCAAAUCCAAAUACCCUGAGAAGUAAUAUUGUCUGGCAAGUAUAUGAGUAUUGUAAUAAAGACUCUUCCAAUAAACCGCCAAUACUCCGAUAUUUAUACAACGAGCUCAAUACAGUGGUUGCAACAUACAAGUCAAAAGAAAGGGAGGCCCGUGAAGAAUAUCCUCAGGUUGAGUUACUUCCCGAAGCAUUGAUAGCAUAUAGAACGAAAAGUGCACUUACACGCACGGAGAAUUCUGAAAAAGCUCUUGGUCAAGCUAAUAGUAUGGAAAGAAAAAACCAGGUUCUAAUGUUGUGGAAAAAAAACUUGAGAAGUUUACAUGUUGGGUAUCCCAGAAGUGAUAAGGCUCAAUGGAUAGAAUGGGCAUUAACAAGAGACAUUGGAACCAAUUUUUAUUUGGCAUCUCUUUCCGUAAUUAGUCAAAGACCCACAAGUCAAGGAUUCAGCCCAAACAUAAUUUCCAAGUUUGAUCAAUAUAAGCCGAGCCAUGUCUCUCUUGAGGAAGUGUUACAAGACCCAGAAUUACAGUUGGUUUGCUUUCGUAAUUGGUCAAGAUACUGUAUUGGUAAACGACAGCCAAAUUCUAGCAACUACAGUAGCGAGCUCCAACGUGCACGUGGAAAACGUUCGGCUGAGACUGCUUUGGAAAGAUAA